AUGUCAUUAGAAAAUUUUGACAGGUCGUAAUCUCGCGAAUCUUGCUUGAAGAAUCUGGAAAAAUAACCUUCUUUUUUGCCGAAUUACUGUAUGUUAAAUGGAACAGGGCAUAUAAAACACUAAUAUCGGUUACAGGAGAAUAAAAAUGCAUACUGCAAGUAGUUUGUUGCGGAACGGUUUCCUCAGCCCGCAAUUGAAGUCGUCUGUGGUUCGCAAUGUUACAAAAGUUGCAUCACACAGUAAACCGGUGCAAAGGUUGUGUUAUUCUGGGGUAGCUGGUGCUAGGGGUGCGCGGAUAUGUAGUUAUAGUGGCAGCUACUUGGUUCCUAGCAAGCAGAUAGGUUUCGGGAGGUAUUUCUCGACGAAUAAGAAUGAUCCUCCCGAGGAGGAGCCGGAGGUUAAGGACGAGACCCCGCUGUUCAGCAGUCAGCUGCCGGCGACGGUGGCCGUGCCCGAGGUGUGGCCACAGGUCCCCGUCAUCGCUAUCAACAGAAACCCCGUCUUCCCGCGGUUUAUCAAGCUUAUUGAGAUAUCAAACCCAGCUUUAAUAGAUUUAAUAAGACGCAAAGUGAAACUGAACCAGCCGUACAUAGGCAUAUUCUUACGUAAGAAGGAAGAUGAGAAGUCCGAUGUUGUGUCGAACUUGGAUGACUUGCAUCAAGUGGGGGUGUUCGCUCAGAUCCAUGAGAUGCAGGAUAUGGACUAUAAACUAAGGCUUGUGGUUAUGGCGCAUAGGAGAAUAAAGAUUACGGGACAGUUUAUUGAAGAUGAGAUUGAAAGUGGACCUGCUGAAAUGAAGUUGAAGUUUCCACUAUUUAACAUGGAGCUUAACGUUACCCGUGAAGAGUCUGAUGCGGAGAGAAGGCGUCGCAAGUACCGGAACACAAGGAAGCAGUCCACCAAGGAGACGGAGACUGGAGAUGCCAGUGCCACUGCCUCUGCCUCUGCUACUCCCAAAGACUCGAAGAAACCAGCUGCGGACCAAGUGAUGAUGGUGAAAGUGGAGAAUAUGGUGCACGAGAAGUUUCAGCAAACGGAAGAGGUGAAGGCUUUGACGCAGGAGGUUAUUAAGACCAUCAGGGAUAUUAUCAAUUUGAAUCCUUUGUACAGGGAGUCCUUGCAUCACAUGUUGGCACAAGGACAGCGCGUGGUGGACAACCCGGUGUACCUGUCGGACCUGGGCGCUGCGCUGACGGGCGCCGAGCCUGCUGAGCUGCAGGCCGUGCUGGAGGAGAUGGAUAUACCAAAGCGUCUGAUGAUGUCUCUCUCUCUACUGAAGAAAGAGUUUGAGCUCUCAAAGCUUCAGCAGAAGAUAGGCAAGGAAGUGGAAGAGAAAGUUAAGCAGCAGCACCGGAAAUAUAUACUGCAUGAGCAGCUUAAGGUGAUCAAAAAAGAGUUAGGUCUAGAGAAAGACGACAAGGAUGCUAUCGGCGACAAGUUCAAGGAGCGCUUAGCUGACAAGACAGUACCUCAAGCUGUGCAGACUGUUAUAGAUGAAGAACUUAACAAGCUCAACUUUUUGGAGAGCCAUAGUUCAGAGUUCAACGUAACCCGCUGCUACCUAGACUGGCUGACCUCCCUCCCCUGGGGGGUGACUUCCGAGGAGAAUCUGAAGCUGGAGGACGCUCAGGUCAUCCUCGAUGAAGACCACUACGGCAUGGAGGAUAUUAAGAAGAGGAUAUUGGAGUUCAUUGCCGUGUCACAGCUUAAAGGGUCUACCCAGGGCAAGAUUCUGUGCUUCCAUGGACCACCGGGUGUCGGGAAAACUAGUAUAGCUCGUUCAAUAGCGCGGGCGUUAAACCGCCAAUACUUCAGAUUCUCAGUCGGCGGCAUGACGGACGUCGCGGAGAUCAAGGGACACAGGCGGACGUACGUCGGCGCCAUGCCGGGGAAACUCGUACAGUGUUUGAAGAAAACUGGCACGGAGAAUCCUUUGGUUUUGAUUGAUGAGGUCGAUAAGAUUGGCAAGGGUGUCCACGGCGAUCCAUCAUCAGCUCUCCUAGAACUCCUCGACCCUGAACAGAACGCUAACUUCCUGGACCACUACUUGGAUGUACCGGUAGACCUGUCCAAAGUCCUGUUCAUCUGUACUGCGAAUGUGGUGGAACAUAUACCUGAGCCGUUGAGAGAUAGGAUGGAACUUAUUGAUAUGUCUGGUUACGUAGCCGAAGAAAAGUUAGCGAUAGCCCAACAGUACCUAGUGCCCACCGCCCGCAAGAACUGCGGCCUCACAGAACAACAGUUAGAUUUAACUGCCGACUCACUGCAUACACUGAUCAAGUCUUACUGCCGAGAGAGUGGGGUGAGGAAUCUGCAGAAACAUAUUGAAAAGAUCGCCCGAAAAGUCGCGUACAAAAUAGUAAAACAGGAGACGGAAGCGUUGACGGUGACGGAGGCGAACCUGUCGGAGCUGGUGGGCAAGCCCAGCUUCAAGCACGAGCGCAUGUACGACGUCACGCCGCCCGGCGUCGUCAUGGGGCUCGCCUGGACUGCUAUGGGUGGCAGCAGUUUAUUCAUAGAGACAGCACUCCGCAACACAGCUACCGAUGACAAGUCGCCAUUCGGCUCCAUGGAGCUUACAGGACACUUGGGCGACGUGAUGAAGGAGUCAGCCCGCAUAGCGCUGACUGUCGCCAGGAAUUAUAUGACGCAGUACUACCCGGAGAAUAAGUUCCUGAAUACUAGCCACAUCCACCUGCACGUGCCUGAAGGCGCGACUCCCAAGGACGGUCCGUCAGCGGGCGCCACGAUCGCGACGGCGCUGACGUCGCUGGCGCUGCGCCGCGCCGUGCGACACGACCUCGCCAUGACCGGGGAGAUCUCGCUCACGGGGCGGGUACUGCCUGUCGGGGGGAUUAAGGAGAAGAUUAUAGCGGCAAAACGCGCAGGCGUGAGCUGCGUAAUUCUCCCAGAAGAGAACAGACGUGACUUCGACGAUCUGCCUUCCUUCAUCCGAGACAAGGUCGACAUCCACUUCGUCAGCCACAUCGAGGAUGUGCUCAAAGUCGCCUUCGAACAACAGAAAGAUGAAGAGAAAAGGAGUAAAGUCAAUUAAUUUCCCGCGCCAGAUCGAAGUCGGCAACAUCACGAACAAUACUUGCUUGUAGAAGGUGAAGGGAGAAGACUCUGUUCUGUUUUAAACAAGUUUAUUUUCAAUAAAUAACUCAAUUUGAA